GGGUAAACUAAAUCAAGUGUGAAGCCACAUAUGAUGGGCAUGCGUCAAAGUCAAUGGCAUAGGGUAAACAGCGUAAGAUAAGCCGAAGGUCGGCGGGGCCAAGGAGCACUUGUUGACCCAGUAGAGCAAUCAGCUAACAAGCGGGAACAGCUGUCGAGCCCAGACGACAUCAAGUCUCGCCGUCUAAAAGAUAAACAAAAACCAGUUCCCAUAUCGAUUGAUAUAACCCAUUCAGAAUUUUACGCGCUCGAAUUAGGAUUGUUAACACAACGAGUUAUCGUCGUCUGGGAAGUGCAAAUAAUUUCGGAUGGGAUUAGGGACUGAUAAGAGCCCGUCGAUAAGCAGCGGCGAGGAAGAGCCACAACAGCGUGGAGCAUGGAAGAGCAGACAGAUUAUAAAUAGCAUGAAGAGAGGCGAGUCGCAGAGCCGCCGAAUCACAACAGAGCACGGAGCUCGGUCGCUCGACCUUCUUGAUUCCGUCAGUCAAUGAGUGGCACUGCUCCCAGCCAGACGCUCCAGAGCGUCUAUAAAUAAAGCCAAUAGCCGCCGGAUCGGAAACGGUAUUGUGAAAUUUUGUGAGGCGCUGCGAGCGAGUUAUAAAACAACGAGCGCUGAAGACCCCCAUUUGAAAGUGCAUUCGACCACGUGCUCCGUCCCAUAGACAACAAUGACCAGCCAGAAGGAGGGAGCCGGAGGCUCGCCGAGCAAUCCCAGAACCAAUGGACAUGCGGAUACGGAGGCGGGAAAGGAAACGCAGACACCGGCGGGUGAUGACGACAACUCUCUAGACGCGAUUCUGGUGAGGAUCGGGCAAUUCGGUCGCUAUCAGAUCAUUAACUAUGUGCUGCUGUGCGUGCCCAUGCUCUUCAACGCCUUCUUCUCCAUCUCCUAUGUCUUCACGGCAAGCACCGUGGUCCAGAGGUGCAAUGUGCCGCAGUGCGAUAGUCCCAGCAGUGGCUACGAGGAGAGCUGGCUGAACUUCACCGUGCCAUACAAGAACUCUGCCUGGGAUUCCUGUAAUCGCUAUGUGGCAAACGAUACAGCCAUUGUGAGCAUUCUUCCAUAUACGGAUCCAUCUGGAGAGUACUGCUCCUGGGAGUACUUCACCAAUCGCACAGAGAGCUGCGGGCACGACUUCAAGUUCAGGGACAAGGAGAAGACUAUAGCAACGGAGUUUGGAAUAUACUGCCAAGAUAACUGGAUGCUGUCGAUGGUGGGAACCAUUAAUAAUGUCGGCCAGUUUGUAGGCAUACCCCUGGGAGGUUUCUUUGCAGAUCGGUACGGUCGUCGCACUAUGCUGGCAUUUGCUGGCACCCUGAGCGCCUUCAUGGGCAUACUCCGGUCAUUGUCGUCCAACUAUUUCAUGUUCAUGGUGUUCGAGUUCCUAGACAUGGCCGUGGGCAGCACGCUCUUUCCCACCGCUUUCCUGCUGGCCAUCGAGUUGGUGGGUCCCAAGCGGCGGGUUGCGGCGGCCACGAUCAUCACAAUAUUCUACGCGGUUGGUGAAGCCUUCCUUGGGUUCUUGGCCUCGCAGGUUCAGGACUGGCGCUGGCUACUCCGCGUUCUGUACACCCCCGCGGUGCUGCAGAUACUUUUCCUAUGGAUCCUGCCAGAGAGCGUUCGCUGGCUCCUCAGCCAAGGAGCCGAGGAGAAGGCAGCCGAUGUGUUGCGUCGAGCGGCCCGCAUCAACAAGCGUUCGUUGCCCGAGGAGCAGGUGGAGGAGCUGAUGGCCAGCAACAGGCAAAAGCUUGGCCAAGCCAACGAGAGUCAGUACCCGAUCAUGCGGGCCGUGCGCUUCUUCGCCCUGCGGAUCGCCAACUGUUGCCUCUGCUGGUUCACCCACACCCUGAUUGCCCUGGGACUGAGCCUCAACUCGGUGAAUUUGGGAGGCAACAAGUACACCAACUUUAUGCUGAACGGUUUCAUCCAAAUCCCAGGACUGCUGCUGCCCCUGAUCAUCAUGGAUCGCAUAGGCAGGCGCUACUCCCUCUGUGCCUCGAUGCUGCUCUGUGCCAUCUGCAUGGGUGCCUCCGCGGGAGUGGGAGAAGAUAACUAUGCGGGUUCACUAACCCUGUUCCUAAUUGGCAAGCUGGCCAUUACGUGCAGCUUCCAGAUCCUUUACUUCUUCACCUCCGAAAUCUUUCCGACGAAUGUGAGGAACAGCCUUCUGUCGCUGUGCUCCAUGGUGGGCCGCAUUGGCUCCAUGCGCCCACAAACCCCUCUGCUGGCCGAGUACUACAUAUACGCACCGCAGAUCCUGUUCGCCACAUUUGCCCUGAUUAGCGGCUUCCUAACCCUUGGCUUUCCAGAGACGGCCGACAAGGUGCUGCCCACCACCAUGGAGGAGGCGCGUGAUCUGAAUCUGGCCAGGCGGCGAAAUCAGGAAGAGCAGCAGGGACAGGCAGCGGCGGAAGGAGGGGCGACCCACAAGGUCUCGCAAUGAUGAUCUCUGACAGGGGACUUUCAAGGAGGCUUGAGUGUUAGUUUUAGUGAGCGCCAAUGCAUUUGUUGAUUUUUUAACGUGUUUUAUUUACGCUAAGUAUUCGUCCGAACUGAAAUAUUUUAAAGCACAAACUUUUCUACGUGAUAUUUAUAUGCCGAUUGAGCUUUUUCUUUUAGUGCAAAUGUCAGGAACAGCUAUGCCAUUAUUUAUUGUUCGCUUUAGUAUGUAUCUACGUAAUCCACUCUGUCUAUUAAUGGCAGCGACUAAGAAUACAAAAUGUUGUCCUGAAAUACUUUUAACAUCUGUCUUUAGUUACGAAUUUUCGUUUUUAUUUUGUAUAUAAAAGAUUGUCUAUAAACUAUGA